AUUGGCAUUAUAACAUGAGUGGAUCUUCUAUAACCACCAUUUCUAUCCCUGAAAGAGUUCAUGUGAUUGAACUAACUAACAAUCUCAAAGAUAAUGAUAUUUCUGUAUGCAACUAUGAAGCAAAUCCUCCCAAUCAGGACACUUCGAUGAGACGAAGACGGGGCAACACUGUGUCCUCGGAUGAAUCUCGUGCGUUAAUGUAUGGAUCCGAGGUAGACCCUAAUGCAUUCCCCGAUGGAGGACUUGAGGCAAAUUUAGUUCUUGUUGGUUCAUUCAUUGGGUUAAUUGCAGAUUUUGGGGUUGCCAAUGCACUAGGUGCGAUCGAAUCGUAUGUGUCAUACCAUCAGUUGAGCAAUAUUUCCAAGACUGAUGUUGGGUGGGUGUUUUCUUUGCAUUUGGGUGUGAUGUAUUUCGGUGGGGUGUUUUUUGGCGAGUUGUUUGAUCGGUUUGGCGCCAAAAGGCCACUUAUAGCAGGCACGUUUUUCAUGUGCCUCGGAUUGUUUUGUACUGCUGAAUCGCAUACUUUGUAUCAGUUUAUGUUGAGCUUUUCUAUAGUUACAGCAAUUGGUACUUCCAUUGCCAUGUCACCGUUAAUUGGUGCCUUGAGUCAUUGGUUUUUGAAAAAGAGAGCCAUGGCAUGCUCGAUUGCGACUAUUGGCGGAUUAGUGGGUGCCUCAUGUUUUGCAAUCAUGUUACAGAAGUUGUAUGAACUGGUGGGGUUUAGAUGGGCUAUACGUAUUCAGGCAUUUAUUUGUUUAGCAUGCAUGUCAGUAGCGAUUGUACUAGUGAGGGAAAGACGACAGAAUGUUCCCGACCAAGAGAUACCAUCUGACGUUGAGAAGCAAAACUUGUUUGAAACGGGGAAAAACUUCUUUAAACAAGCAUUGGACUUUUCUAUGGUGAAGGACUCUCGAUUUAUCUUGCUUACAUUUGGGGUUGCUUUAGCUGAAAUAGUAUCCAUGACAACGUUAACUUACUUGUCGUCAUAUGCAUUGGCCUAUCAUAUCAGUGAUACCAGGUCAUACUUGCUUUUAACUAUUGUUAAUGUGUGCGGUAUUCCCUCGAGGUUACUUUCAGGAAUAUUAGCAGACAAGUACGGCAGAUUCAACGUCAUGGUAUUCACAUCGAUGUUGACCACCAUAACGAUAUUUGCCAUAUGGUUCCCUGCCAAGGGAAACAUCUCCAUACUAUAUGCCUUUGGGAUAUUGUUUGGAAUCUCUACUUCAGCAGUGAUAUCGCUAAUUCCAGCAUGUACCGGCCAAAUAUGUUCUCUGGAUAAAUUCGGUAAAGUUUAUGGUACGUUAUAUUUCUUUCUUGGAUUCUUGACUAUAUUAGGAAUGUUUUUUGCAUCCUUGGUUAUAGGAAAAGGUGACACUUCUUCAUAUCGGAAUUUUGUAUUGUUUGAAGGAGGGUUGUCUGCAGCUAGUAUUUUCUUUUGGAUAGCUGCCAGGUAUUCCAAUGUUGGUUGGCAAUUGUGUAAGUUUUAAUGUAUGAGUUUAUGAGUAAUGCGCUA